UGAAGCAAAGAGAAGAAAACCUGAUUGGAGCCGAAACGACAGUGAAUGCGAAAAGACUCUAGGGUAGAAUGAGACUCUAGGACAGUGCUGAUUUAAUCCUGUCCGGUUGCUGUCCCGAUUUCGGAAUGCGAGAAAUCAUCCAUUUUCAGGUUUUCUAGCGCCGAUGAGUCUCCGGUAAAGACAUCGAAAAAAUCGAGAAAGAAAUCGGGGUUUGUGUCCCGCGGAGGAGGUAACGAUGGGAAUGAGAAACGCGGGGUUUGGGCACACUCCACCUUUGAAUCAACUGUAUUUACAAAAAAACAUGCGGUGGCCUUGACUCCACACCUUGGAUAAGACUAUUCCCCACCAGAGAACACUGUUUUGUUGUAUAGUUAGACUGUCUGACUAUACAACAAACGAUUUAGCUGGCAUUUAAAUUCAAACAUCAGUUCCAACGAUAUACCCAAAUUAGUUCCACUCAAAGCCCAAUUCAGACAUCUCCCAGAGUGAAGAUCGAGUGAAAAGAUGUUGAGUUCAAACACUUUCCUUAAACCCAACACCACUCUUCACACUCAAUUAUAUUAUCCAACAUCCUCAUCAUCUCCCCAACAUAUCUCACCAAAUCCACCUCGAAAACAUCGUCAAGUUCGGCUAAUUUCAGCUAAAACACCACCACCCAUGGCCCAUCAGGCCCCACCAUUGCCUGUCCCUUCCAUUCCUAAUCCUAGUAUCAAGCUCUUGUUUGUUGAGAUGGGUGUCGGCUAUGAUCAACACGGGCAAGAUGUUACAAAAGCAGCAAUGAGGGCUUGCAGAGAUGCAAUUACUUCCAAUUCUGUUCCUGCCUUCCGCGCAGGGUCUAUACCUGGCGUUUCGUUUGAAGAGAUGAAGCUACAGAUCAGGCUUGGAGUCCCUCAACCUCUACAAAAUUCGCUAGACAUUGAAAAAGUGAAAUCCGUUUUUCCUUACGGAGACAUUGUGCUUUUUGAAGUUGUGGAUGGUGGACUAAUAUGCUCCAGUGGAGUCCAUGUAGAAGAAAUGGGAGAUAAAACUGAUGAGUGCUACAUAGUAAAUGCAGCUGUUUAUGUUGGCUACUGAGUUCCUGAUUGAUGUUUAUCAAUUCCUAUAUAGUAGUGCAGAUGACUGAGUUCCUGAUUAAAUGUUUUAAUUGUUAAUGUCUUUAUAGAUCAUUCUUAAAAUUUUCCCAUAUUUAAUCUGUUCUACAUAGUUCGAUUGACUCUUAAUAGUCGGUCCACUGUAUGGGUUACAAUAUGAGUAACCAAGUUCAUAGUUUUUAUUUUUAAUAGCCAUUUUGUAAAAUAUGGAUGAUGAGUAGAACAGUUACUGAUAAUAAAUCAAAUGGCUUAUAUUUUUCAACA